AUGCCGGCCAACCUCACGGAGGGCAGCCCCAAGUCCAACGGGACUGGGCAGACACUGGAUUCUCCCACCCUCUGCACGGAAACGGUGACUUUCACUGCAGUGGUGGAAGGAGAGGAGUGGGGCUCGUUCUACUACUCCUUUAAGACUGAGCAGUUGAUAACUCUGUGGGUCCUCUUUGUUUUCACCAUUGUUGGAAAUGCCAUCGUGCUGUUCUCUACACGGAGAAGGAAGAGGAAGUCGAGAAUGACCUUCUUUGUGACUCAGCUGGCCAUCACAGACUCUUUCACAGGACUGGUUAACAUCUUGACAGAUAUCAUUUGGAGAUUCACUGGAGACUUCAUGGCACCUGAUCUGGUUUGCCGAGUAGUCCGCUAUUUGCAGGUUGUGCUGCUCUAUGCCUCUACGUAUGUCCUGGUGUCCCUCAGCAUAGACAGGUACCAUGCCAUCGUCUACCCCAUGAAGUUCCUGCAAGGAGAAAAGCAGGCCAAGGUCCUCAGCGUGAUUGCCUGGAGCCUCUCUUUCCUGUUCUCCAUUCCCACCCUUAUCAUAUUUGGGAAAAGGAAACUCUCCAAUGGUGAAGUGCAGUGCUGGGCCCUGUGGCCCGACGACUCCUACUGGACCCCAUACAUGACCAUCGUGGCCUUCCUGGUGUACUUCAUCCCCCUGACAAUCAUCAGUGUCAUCUAUGCCAUUGUGAUCAGAACUAUUUGGGUCAAAAGUAAAGCCCAUGAGACGGUGAUUUCCAGCUGCUCAGAUGGAAAGUGGUGCACCAUUUCCAACCGAGGCCUCAUCUCAAAGGCAAAAAUCAAGGCCAUCAAGUAUAGCAUUGUCAUCAUUCUUGCCUUCAUCUGCUGUUGGAGUCCGUACUUCCUCUUCGAUAUCUUGGACAAUUUCAGCCUCCUUCCAAACACUAAGGAGCGUUUCUAUGCCUCUGUGAUCAUUCAGAACCUGCCGGCCUUGAAUAGCGCCAUCAACCCCCUCAUCUACUGUGUUUUCAGCAGCUCCAUCUGCUUCCCUUGUGGGGAGCAAAGAUCACGGGAUUCCAGAAUGACAUGUCGGGAGAGAACUGAGAGGCAUGAGAUGCAGAUUCUGUCCAAGCCAGAAUUCAUGUAGACCCUGAGGCAGUGGUAUUGCUAGGCUGAGCCCCAUCAGCUCUCCUGGGUCCCCAUCAGCACCCUGGGCAUGUGCACGAAGCCUGAGCCAACUUCUCCACCCUGCACUUUUCAUCACUUGGGGGAUGCACAAGGAAAACAUCCUAAUGAGUGUGUGUCACCUGCAUUGCCAAGUUUUAGCCAAUAUGAAGUCACAUACUGUUCACACCAGCCAGGAAAGAUGCCCCUUCUUUCCCCACCACUCCCAGCUGUCCGUCCCACUGGUCAGCACCAGAAUCAAUGGACAGAGACUUCACUGGCCCAGGGCCUAGGCUUGGGCAAGCAGAGGGAACUAAAGAAGCAUGGUACAUGU